AGCUACUUCACAUCAAAAUAGACACCAGGUGUAGAAGGCGUUGACUUAGCUGGUAGACCAUUGAGUCUUGAAAAAACUCUCGUCAAAAUCAGCUGUAAGAUCGAUUAUAAAAGUCGUUUGCGUAAUGUCGAGCUUUGAAUGGGAGCAACAACAACUGCAGCUGCAGGUUCAGCAGCCGUUGCGACGUCGACGACAACAGCACCAACACCAACACCAACACCAACACCAACACCAGCACCACCAACAGCACCACCAACAGCACAACCAACAGCAUCAGCACCGCUGUGAAUUACUGAUGCAGGAGAAGAACUCGGUACAGCACACGCUAACGGAACUAUCGUCCGGUCCCCUGGGGCAUGGCACCGAAGACGAUUGGACGUGGAGCAAGCGAAAUCGGUCCAAGGAGGUGGUCCUCAGUGGACCCAACUUUCGCACAGUUCACUUCCAUCCCAAUUGGAGCAAGGGCACGGCUGGCAUUCAGGGCAAACGACCCUUGAAUAACGGCCGUUACUAUUGGGAGCUGCAUGUCUCACAGCGAGUCUUCGGCACCUCGAUCAUGUUCGGCAUCGGCACCAAAAACUGCCGGCUCCAUGCCAACGCCUUUCGCAACAUGCUCGGCGAGAACGAGCAUGGGUGGGGACUGUCCCACAAGGGCGUUCUCUGGCACAAGGGCGUGGCACUUCUAUAUACAAAACGCUUCCGCGAAAAUCAUCCCACACAAAUUGGCAUUCUCUUCGAUGGCAUCGAGGGCACAUUGACCUACUAUAAGGAUGGCAAAUGCCUGGGCGUGGCAUUCAGAGAUCUAGACAAGGUAACCGAACCUCUCUAUCCCAUUGUCUGCUCCACCGCAGCCAAAACGGAAAUGACUCUCAAGUGCGCCCGCCAGGAAUUCGUCAAUCUGCAGGAUCGUUGUCGAGCGGUGAUCAUGCGAAGAUUGCACACAAUCGGCGAUGUAGAGAAGCUGAAGCUGCCACAGUCCAUCAGCGACUACCUGUGCGAGGUGAUCGAUGACAAGGAGCCAUUGCGCCAGGUGGAUGAGGAGAAGAUGUGCAUGAUCAACUAUGAUCUGAUUUAGAAUGAAGAAUGACGAAUGACGAAUGACGAAUGAUAAUGACGAUGCCCGUGAAACUCGAACAUAUGUGCCAUAAUUUGAGGGCUCACUGUACAGCUGUACGAUAUACAUGCAAUAUAUAUGUUGUGGACAAAUGCAAGUUGUUUCUAUGCGCAAAUCUCAAGUUUUAAAGUCAGCAAGUUUUUGAUACAUACUAUAUAUAUAUGUAAAUAUGUAUAUAUCGGCAUAUAUAAAUAUAUAUGUAUAUAUAUACAUAAUAUCUGUAUAUUAUAUAUUUUCGAUAAAUUUCAUUGUUUUCUGUUCUGUUUUGUUUUGUUCCCUAGCUAAAAUGUUUCCCAAUGAAUAGGCCAAUUAGGUGCAAUAUUUGUGAUAUAAGUCAAAGGGCAGCAAGGAAAAGUAAAUGAAUAAAAAUUAGAAAUACUUAAAAACAGAUAUAUAUAGCUUAAAUAACAUAAGCUUUGAUCUAAGUGAACCCUAUAAAUUAUGUAAAAAAAAUGUAUUUUUUGCUACGAGUGUGAAAUCUAGUCAAAGAGAGAAAGCUGCACCCAAAACAUUCUGUAUAAAUUAUUGGCUAGUCAGCUUAUUAAUGUUAAGCAAAUGUUUAUAAAUUAUUAUACAAAAUUAUGUAUUAAGUAAUUAAUUCAGUUGCAAACUUUAACAAAUUCUAGUCAAAAUGUGCAAAAACCAAAAUGAGAUACAGCAAAAGUUCACUUAAUAAGAUAAAUAGAUACAUCUAGAUAUAUAUUUAUCCAGAUAUAUAUAAAUACCACUUAAGUGCGUAUAUAUAUAUAUAUAUACAUAUAAAUAUUUAUAGAAUUUUAAGAGCUUAAGUACUUAAACACAAAACAGACAAAUAAUUUAGUAAAAAUUAUUUUUAUGUAUUUUCAUAUUUGUAGCUUCUCAUAUACAUAUAAAUAUUUUUUUGGUGUCUAUAUAAAUUACUAUGAUCGUGUGUAAAGUAAAUUGAAAACUUUUAAAUACAAGGGUAUACAUGUAUAUCUGAAUUAUGUAUGUCACAUGAAUUAGUACAUCAAUUUAAAUUUAACUAACUAAAUGAAUAAAAAAUACAAAAAUUCUAA